AUGUCACUCAGUAAUAUACGAUAUUACAUAACUUUUAUAAAAUUUCUUUAUGCUUUUACCGUAAUUCAAGCAAAUAAAAAUAUUGAAAAUAUUACACUGAUUUUCAAUGAUACUGGCAUAGGCAUCGAGCAUUACUGUGAGGAAGGAUUACCGUUAUUAUUAGCCAAUGAUACGGUAAAGAAAUGUCUACCGGAUGAAAAUUCGGAUAGCAGUAUGUUAUGUCCAAAAAAUUUUUGGUGCCACAUUGGUGCAACACAAAAUUCUUGGUACUGUUGUCCGAAGAACAGAAAAGUGAAAGAACGUUGCUAUUUGACAUCAGCGAAUGGUUAUGGAAGUGGAGAAAUUCAACGAUUUUGGUACGAUUGGAAAAGUUCCACAUGUAAACAACUAAUAUACGGUGGAUAUGGUGGAAAUGAGAAUAAUUUUCUAACAAAAAUAGAUUGUGAAAAAGCAUGUUUGGGUAAACAACUAUCCAAAUCAUUGUUAACUUAUAAUUCAUUUUCAAACAAACAUGAUAGUGGCAAUCAAAAGUUUUCGGUAAAUGAGCAACAAAAUGCUAUUGAAAACGUUGACCUGAAUCCCUGUGAGCUAAGUCCAGACCGAGGAACGAGUGUCACUGGCAUUUCAUCAUCCUAUCGUUGGUAUUUUGAUAUUGCCGCUGAUCGUUGUAUUAGAUUCAAUUAUUUGGGUUCAGCAGGCAAUGCUAACAAUUUUGAAACAGAUCGUCAAUGUCUGGAGACAUGUGGCACAGGGAACACAAGUGAUGUUAAUAUUUGUUUACUUCCUAAUAUAUCUGGUACUGGUCCAUAUAAAAUUCCGCGAUUUUAUUAUGACACACGAAAUAAUGCUUGUAAACAAUUUGUUUAUGCCGGAUUUGGUGGAAAUAACAAUCGUUUUAUCAAACAUGAACAAUGCUCAAAAGCAUGCUUAAAUUUUGGAUCAUUUGUAACAACAACAACGAUCGUGCCACCGCCAUUUGUUACUACCCAAAUAGCAGUAACAGAAAUGUAUACAUUAUCAACUGAUUUAACAUUUGAUUUUGAAAAGUUCAAACAAUUGCAAGUUUUUACGACAGUUUUACCGGAGCAUUCAGCUUUUGUUGAAGGAUUGAAAGAACUGACAACAACAACAACAACAACAACAACAGCAACUGAAUAUGCCAUGCCUUUUGAUGAAAAUUUCAAUGUUCAAAAUGCUGCUUCUCAUUUGAUAAUGACAAGGAAUGAUGAAAUAAACUUGAAUCAACCAAAUCAAAAAGUUAAUGGAAUCAUUGAUGUUAUCAGUAAAGCAAUCACCGAACCAUGUCUUCAAUCAUUGCCAACUGGAUUUCAACUGCAAUACUGUUCUCCGAUGGAUUCAUUUUUAUGUCCCCGCGGUACAUUUUGUCAAAUUGGUGUUGGACCGCAAGAAACAUUUUGUUGUCCUAUAAUUGCUGAUAAUCCAUGCAAGCAAACGCAGGAAUCCGGAAUUGGUCUUACCGGAUUAGGCCGUUGGUACUAUGAUGCUAAUGAUAAUCAUUGCAAAACGUUUAUUUUUAAUGGUUUCAAAGGAAAUCAAAAUAAUUUUUUAACAUUUCGUGCUUGUCAGCAAAGUUGCGGCGCUGUAAAUCCAUGUGAAAGUGGCGAACCGCAAAUCCAAACAAAUGCACCGGAACAAUGUUCGCCAGAAAAUAUUUAUUCAUGUCCACAAGGAUAUUAUUGCCGAAUUUCGGAUGAUUUAACAAAAACUGCUUGUUGUCCGGGAAUUGAUCAUACUAUACUUAGUCAUGGCAAAACUAUGAUUUUAAACCCUAUCGGAAAUAUAAAUUCUGCUUCCGGUAACACCUAUAAUUUGAAGGGUGGUAGUUCGUUUACAAAUACUGAUUAUACUAAACGCGGAAUUAUUGAUUCGCUUGGCAAUGCUAACAUGGAUAUUGGUAGUAUUUCACCUGUUGUUGAAUCUGUCAAUUACGUUAAUAAUAAACCCAUCACUUUGAAUGAAUAUCUCAAUUCUAUGGCAACUACUGGUAUUAACUCGAAUUUUGGCAAUAUAUCACAACCAAAUAUGUUUAUCGGCCAAGUUGGUACCGGAAUUGAAACACCUCAUUUCAAUAGAGCAGAAGCUUUUGUUAACUCUUCUCCCGCUAUGCCAAAAAAUGCUCUAAUACCUGAUUCACCUAAAUCAUUGAUUGGUUCUGGUAUUCCGAUAUUUUCCGGUAAUAGCAUGAUUAACACUGGUGUCUUAAUUGACCCAUUAACUGGCAUUACAUAUGGAAAUGCCAGAAUUUCAAAUGGGUUUAAUCGUGGAACGCAAAAUUUGAUAUCAAAUGCACCGAUUAAAACUAUUCAAGGAAAUCGUUGCUUGCUACCACCUGCGUCUGGAACCGGUACAUAUAGUUUACCACGAUACUAUUUUGAUAGAGAAGCAUCAACCUGUCGCCCAUUCAUAUAUUCAGGAUUUGGUGGUAAUGAUAAUUACUUUGAAACUAUUCGGGAAUGUCGAAUGGCUUGUCCUGAAUAUGAUAAUCCUUGUCCAGUUGGAUUGCCAUAUAUUGAUGAAGAUGGAAAUGUUGCAUUUUGUUCAUCUGCUAAUCCUUUAUGUCCUACCAAUUAUUGGUGCCACAUAGGCGAUCGACGGCAAACAUCAGUUUGUUGCCCAUCCUUGGCAAAUAUGAAUGCAUUACCAAUUGCAAACCCUCUAAGACAGCUAAGAAGUAUUGUGCGAAAUCUUAAUGGCCUAAGCUUGAAUAUGGGAAUUGAUCCCGCAGAACAUAAUGAUGCACCAGGAACGAUACCAUUGGCGUGUUUUCAACCUUUGCUAGAAGGAAGAGGUCGAGCAAACCUCACCCGAUAUUAUUUUAAUAGUAGGAAAAGAAUAUGCGAGAAGUUUAUUUAUACUGGAAAAGGUGGAAAUCAGAAUAAUUUCUUGUCAAAGACAGAUUGUGAAGAAACAUGUCCGAUAUUAGAGAAUCCAUGUGAAAAUGGUCUUCCAGCAAUAGGUCCAGAAGGUAAUCCGAUGCUGUGUGGUAGUGAUACUGCAACAAUAUGCGGUAUCGGUUACUAUUGUCAUGUUGGCGCAACAUCCUCAACAACUGUUUGUUGUCCUGCAAUUGGUGAUCCUUGCCGUAUGCCAGUAUCCAGAGGAAAUGGAAAUGCAGUCUUAAAUCGUUGGUAUUAUAAUAUGCAAUCACAAAUUUGUGUAAACUUUGUUUAUAGUGGUCAAGGUGGCAAUUCAAAUAAUUUCCGGACCCGUGAAGAUUGCACUGAAGCAUGUCCUGAAUUUAGGAAUCCUUGUUCUGCUGGACGUCCACAUAUUGGUUUAAAUGGACAAAUCACUCAUUGUGGUGCAACUGGACCAUUAAUUUGUCCAACGACUUAUUGGUGUCAUAUUGGUGCAUCGUUGGAGAAUUCGGUUUGUUGCCCUACUACCGGAAUGCCAUGUGAACAAGAUCUUUAUACAGGGAACGGUGAUGCAAUUUUGGUGCGUUUCUACUACGAUUCGACAACACGUACCUGUCAACAAUUCCAGUAUUCUGGUCUCGGUGGAAACGAGAAUAACUUUUUAACGUUACGGGAUUGCGAAGCACAUUGUCCAGUAUUACCAAAUCCAUGUGGACUUGGACAACCACAAAUGGAUGAACACCGUAAUCUGGUUAUGUGCAGUGCUGCUAAUACCAGGCCUGUUACUUGGCCAUUAUUGUUACCAUUACUUUAUUACAACAAAUAA